AUGCCCCAGCUUGCCGAAAGAGACCUUCGAAUACAGCUUGCCAAGCACUUGUUAUGCGUCAUACAGAAAGAGACGCCCUCACGAAUUGCUGCUACCUACAUCUCCAGCCUCUUUGACUGCUAUGCCAAGAGUUUUGAGAAAAGCUUGGAGAACCUGAGCUAUCAAGUUCCACAGCUGCUCAUUCAGGCGAUACUUUGGAGUCAGGAAGAGCUCUGCCAUCUGCAGCGCAUCCUAGAUUUGGGGGCAGGCACAGGUCUUCUGGGUGAGCAGCUGAAGGAUCUCGCUCCCCGUGCACACAUUGCAGCCGUGGACCUCUCUGCUGAGAUGCUGAAGCAGGCAGAGAUGAAGGGGUGCUACGAUGAGCUGCAUUGCGCCGACCUGCUUGAUCACCUCGCAGACUGCACGCGAUCUGUCUCCCCAUUCGACCUGAUCGUGGCCGCAGAUGUAUUUGGCUAUGUCGGCGAUCUUGCGCCAGUCUUUCGGCUCGUGUACCAGAAUCUAGACAACAAAGGCCUCUUUGUCUUCUCCACGGAGAAGCCAACUGGCAACGAGACAGUGCCACACUACCAGCUGCAGGCCUCGGGCCGUGUUGCUCACAGUCACGAAUAUGUCUUGACGGUGGCACGAGAGCACGGGUUCAAGGUUCUUCGGGAUUGGAGCUGCGAGCUUCGCGCUGAAGAUGGCCAUCCAGUUCUUGGCCACGUCUUCUCGUUGUCCUGCGCGCUGUGA